GCACUCCCACGGAUCAGUUUGACUCAGUCACCGGACAGAGAGAAUCAGCUCCGGGCUGUUUGGGCUCCCCGGGGCAGGAUAACAGCAACAGCAUGGGGCAGCCGGCGAUGUACGGACUAGUCUGGGCCACUGCUGUGCUGCUGAGUCAGGCUGGAAGAAUCCACGGGUUCCAAUGCCUGGAUUCCUCCAGACCGUGUCAGAAUGGAGCAAAAUGUACAAUGUAUUCGAAUGGAGACGCUACCUGCCUAUGUACCUCUGGCUGGUUGGGGGAGCACUGCCAAUUUAAAGAUCCAUGUGUGCCAACUCCCUGUGUUAAUGGAGGGGCCUGCCAAAGCUCGAUCAAAGGUGGUACUGUGCAGUAUGAAUGCAGUUGUGCUAAGGGUUUCAGAGGGCAAGAUUGUUCACUCAUUGAUGCCUGUGCCUCCCACCCGUGUGAGAAUGGUGCCCGAUGUUCUAAUUGGAAUGGACGUUACAACUGUACCUGCCCUACAGGAUACCAGGGGCGCAGCUGUAGGACAGAUAUUGAUGAGUGUCGGACACCUGGACUCUGCCAAAAUGGAGGUCAAUGCCAUAACACUCCCGGUUCUUUUCGUUGCCGCUGCCCAAGCGGUUACACUGGCCAGUUGUGCGAGGCCACCUACGUUCCUUGCUCACCCUCUCAAUGCCAAAAUGGAGGCACCUGCCGACCAACCGGUGACCUCACCUACCAGUGUGUCUGCCUGCCAGGUUUUGAAGGCCUAAACUGUGAAAUAAAUGUAGAUGACUGCCCUGACCACAGAUGUAUGAACGGUGGCACUUGCGUGGAUGGCGUGAACACCUAUAACUGCCAGUGUGCCCCAGAGUGGACAGGUCAAUUCUGCACAGAAGAUGUGGAUGAGUGUCAGCUCCAGCCCAACGCCUGCCACAAUGGGGGGACCUGCUUUAACACUCAGGGGGGACACACGUGCGUGUGUGUCAAUGGCUGGACAGGGGAGAGCUGCAGCGAGAACAUUGAUGACUGCGCCAUCGCCGUCUGUUUCAACGGAGCCACAUGCCACGACCGCGUGGCCUCCUUUUACUGCGAGUGUCCCAUGGGCAAGACAGGUCUCCUGUGUCAUCUGGAGGAUGCCUGCGUCAGUAAUCCAUGCCACAAGGAUGCCAUGUGUGACACUAACCCAGUGAACGGGCGGGCUAUCUGCACCUGCCCCCCUGGUUUUACAGGGGGCGCUUGUGACCAGGAUGUCGAUGAAUGCUCGAUAGGUGCCAAUCCCUGUGAACACUUUGGGCGCUGUGUGAACACGCAGGGUUCCUUCCAGUGUCAGUGCGGUCGGGGCUACACCGGGCCUCGAUGUGAAACGGACGUCAACGAGUGUAUGUCCACCCCUUGUCAGAAUGACGCCACCUGUUUGGAUCGUAUUGGAGAAUUUACCUGUAUCUGCAUGGCUGGUUUCACUGGUACGUUCUGCGAGUUGAACAUCAAUGAGUGUGACAGCAGCCCAUGCGUUAAUGGCGGACUCUGUAAAGACGUGGUGAAUGGAUUUACCUGCAGCUGUCCGGCUGGUUUUACCGGUUCCAUGUGUCAGAUAGACACUGAUGAAUGCGCCAGUACACCCUGCAAGAACGGAGCUAAAUGUGUGGAUAGGCCUAACGGUUACGAGUGCCGUUGUGCGGAGGGUUUUGAAGGUCCUCUCUGUGACCGUAACAUUGACGAAUGCUCUCCUGACCCUUGUCACCAUGGCAAAUGCCGUGAUGGCAUCGCCAGUUUCACCUGCACAUGUGACCCAGGGUAUACCGGCUAUCGCUGUGAGAACCAGAUUAACGAAUGUCACAGUAAUCCAUGUAUGCACGGAGGAAAAUGCAUUGACCUGGUCAACAGAUACUUGUGUUACUGUCAGACUGGAACCAAUGGAGUGAAUUGUGAGUACAAUUACGAUGACUGCGCCAGCAACCCAUGUGACUAUGGAGAAUGCAAGGAUGGCGUUAACCGAUAUGACUGUGUCUGCAAACCUGGAUUUACAGGUCCUCUCUGUAAUAUUGAGGUGUCCCCAUGUGCGUCCAACCCAUGCAAAGCUGGUGGUACCUGCCAGACUAUACAAAGUGGCUUCCGUUGCCUAUGCCCAGAGGGUGGGGGUCCUCGUGACACUCUGUGUAAUCCCACUCAGCUCUGCGCGCCCGGGUGUGUCCACGGCGUGUGCCGCAAAUUCACAGAAGGAUAUUCAUGUGAAUGCCAUCCAGGCUGGACGGGGGUAAUGUGCGACCGGCGGAGCACAGAUGGCUGUACAACCAGCACUUGUCAAAAUGGAGGCACCUGCAUUGACCAUGCUGGAGGACCGCUCUGUCACUGCAGAGACGGUUUCCGUGGUAAUUUAUGCCAGAUUAAUAUUAAUGAGUGCUCGUCAUCACCUUGUCUGAAUGGAGGGACCUGUGUGGACAGCAUUGCGCGAUUCAGCUGCUUGUGUACACUGCCAUAUACAGGUCUGUUAUGUGAGACGCUACUCGCCCCCUGUAACCAUGAGCCUUGUCAUAAUGGCGGCAUCUGCAGACCUACCGCAGACUACAAGAGCUACUCCUGUAAAUGUUCCACUGGCUGGGAAGGGGAGUCAUGUGACAUUGACAUGGAUGAGUGCGGUAGAAGCCCAUGCCAAAAUGGAGGACAAUGCACAAAUCUUCCUGGAGGAUACAACUGUGCGUGCAAACCAGGAUACACAGGGCCCGACUGUGAGACGGAUAUUAAUGACUGUUCCCCAAAUCCCUGCCUCAAUGGUGGUUCCUGUAAGGACGGGAUAAACUCUUUCUUCUGCACCUGCCAGCCUGGGUUCACUGGAUUGAGAUGCAUAAAUGAAAUUAAUGAGUGUCUCAGCAACCCAUGCCGUAAUGGGGCCACCUGCUCGGACUUUGUCAACAGCUAUGUGUGUGUCUGUGCUCCCGGAUACACCGGGCCUGCCUGCGAGACCAACAUACAGGAUUGCACAGAAAGUUCUUGUUUCAAUGGAGGCACCUGUGUGGAUGGUGUGAACACUUACACCUGCAUCUGCGGCUCUGGCUUCACCGGAAGUCACUGCCAUCUUGAAGUGGAUGAGUGUGCCUCGCGGCCCUGCCAGAAUGGAGCUGUUUGCGUGGACAGGGUUGAGUCCUAUCGCUGCAUCUGCCCAACUGGUUACACAGGGGUGCAGUGUCAGAAUCUACUGGAUCUCUGUCGCCGCUCUCCCUGCCAGAAUGGGGGUCGUUGUACACAGAUAGGCUCCUCUAUCCGCUGCGAGUGUAAUUCAGGAUGGACAGGAAGUUACUGUGACGUGCCCCGCGUCUCCUGUGACGUGGCAGCGAGCAGGAGAGGUGUACGUGUUGAUCAGCUGUGUGAGUCCGGUGGAACCUGUAUGAAUACUGGGAACUCUCAUAAGUGUUUCUGCAGAGGUGGCUACACAGGCAGCUACUGUGAAAGCCCUAUCAAUCAGUGUGACCCAGAUCCCUGCCUUAAUGGAGGCUCCUGUCACAGCUACCUUGGUGGCUAUGUCUGUGAGUGCCCGGCCGGAUAUGAAGGAACAAACUGUGAAAUUGACAUAAAUGAGUGCCAGUCUCACCCAUGUCAGAAUGGAGGAACCUGUAUUGAUCUGGUUGGGCGCUAUAUCUGCGCCUGUCCCCCGGGAACACUUGGCGUGCUUUGUGAGAUCAAUGAGGACGACUGUUCUACCUUCAUUAAUCCUGGGCAGCCCAAAUGUUUAAACAAUGGAACCUGUGUGGAUAAAGUUGGGGGCUACCGCUGCAACUGCCCUCCUGGUUACACUGGCGAAAGAUGCGAGGGUGACAUCAAUGAGUGCUUGUCCGGUCCUUGUAUUGCCCAUAACACUCGAGACUGUGUCCAGAUGGCCAAUGACUAUCAGUGCAUAUGCAAGAACGGGUAUACCGGACGGCGCUGCCAGAGUGUGGUGAAUACUUGCGAGUCCCGGCCUUGCCAAAAUAAGGGUGUCUGCCGUGUGACAGUAAAUACCCCUCUUGGGUACACCUGCCGCUGUACCUCAGGUUUCUCUGGACCCUCCUGUGAGCGCCCCCUGAAUUCCUGCAGGGAUAUUGGCUGUCCAUCUGGCUCCACUUGUUUCCAGACACCUCAGGGUCCUCACUGCGGCUGCCCACCUGGUGUUGUUUGCCAACCUCCUGUGAAUAGCACCGCUCUUCCUCAGUCACCACAUCUGCCCUGUUCCCGUUCCCCUUCCCCAUGCCAAAAUGGUGCCCAGUGCAUCCCGUCUGCCAAGUUUCCAUAUUUCACUUGCCAGUGCCCACCUAACCUAGCUGGACCACGAUGUGAGAUGCUGCUUCGUACCGGGCCCAUCCCCACACAAGCUCCAGAAUGUGGCCCCCCACAGUGCUUAGGAAAAAUUGGAGAUGGCCAUUGUGACCGGGAAUGCAACUCUGUGGAAUGUCGGUGGGAUGGUGGAGAUUGUGCCUUGAGCAUAGAUGACCCAUGGAAGAACUGUCCGUGGCAAAGUUGCCGUCUCCUUUUCAACAACUCGCGGUGUGAUCCGGAAUGUGCAUCAGCCGGCUGCCUCUAUGAUAACUUUGACUGUCGUGAUAGGAGCGAGCGGAGCUGCACCCCGGUCUAUGAACAGUACUGCAUAGAUCAUUAUGGAGAUGGCCGCUGUGAUCAGGGUUGUAACUCGGUGGAAUGUGGCUGGGACGGACUGGACUGUGCCGGAGGCUCGGACGGGGAAAAGCUGGCAGAUGGAGUGCUUGUCGUUGUGGUGCUGCUACCUCCAGAGGAACUGCUGAAGGAAAGCAAGGCCUUCUUGCAGAGACUCAGUGCCAUCCUACGCACAGCUCUGCGGUUCCGUGUGGACAAAGAUGGACAGUACUUAAUUAAGCCAUACCGGAAAAGUCAGGCAGCAGAGAGACGGGUGAAGAGAGAGCUGGACAGUGAUAUCAUAGGGUCCGAGGUGUCGCUGGAAAUUGAUAAUCGUUUGUGUAUGAAACCGGUGGACAAAGAACAGUCUGAGUGUUUCCCUGAUGCAAAGAAUGCGGCGGACUAUCUGGCUGCCCUGAGCGCUGUAGAGCGACUGCACUUCCCUUAUCCAAUGAUAUCUGUGCGCGGUGAUAAAAUCGAAGAGCCAACCUCACCGUUCCAUCUACUGCCGCUAGUGGGAGUAGCCGGUUUGCUGGUCUUGGUUGUGGGAGUCUUAGGAGUCCUGGUGUCUCGUAGGAAGAGAGCCCAUAGCACUCUGUGGUUUCCAGAAGGAUUCAUCAUGAAGAAGGAAAGAGACCGCAGGGAGCCAGUGGGACAAGAUGCUCUUGGUUUGAAGAACAUUGCCAAGGCAGAGCGCCUCAUGGAGGACCCAUUCGAAGACUGGACAGAAACUGACUGUCCUGAGACCAAGAGACUGAAGUCAGAGGAGCUUUCUCCUUGUCGCCAGGAUCCCGUGGACCCGCGCCCUUGGACUCAACACCAUUUGGCAGCUGCUGACAUUAGACUUCCCCCAGCUACAGCAUUGACACCCCCUCAGGGCGACUAUGAGUGUGACGGUAUGGAUGUGAACGUGAGAGGGCCAGAUGGAUUCACCCCACUCAUGUUGGCUUCCUUCCUGGGUGGUGGGCUGGAGCCAGAGUCUCAGGAAGAGGAGGAAGAGGGUGAAGUCUCGGCUAUCGCUGACUUAAUCUGCCAAGGGGCGUCUCUCGGGGCACAGACAGACCGAACGGGCGAGACCGCACUACACCUUGCAGCGCGCUAUGCCCGAGCAGACGCUGCUAAGAGACUGCUCGAUGCUGGAGCGGACCCCAACGCUCAGGAUAAUACAGGCCGCACCCCGCUGCACGCAGCUGUGGCCGCUGAUGCCCAAGGAGUCUUCCAGAUCCUGAUCAGGAACAGAUCCACAGACUUAGAUGCUCGGAUGGGUGAUGGGUCCACAGCGCUCAUCUUGGCUGCCCGAUUGGCAGUGGAGGGGAUGGUGGAAGAACUGAUAGCGUGCCACGCUGAUGUCAAUUCUGUGGAUGAACUUGGCAAGUCCGCUCUGCACUGGGCAGCAGCAGUGAACAACAUUGAAGCAGCUCUGGCACUGUUAAAGAACGGAGCCAACAAGGACAUGCAGGACAGCAAGGAGGAAACCCCGUUAUUCCUGGCUGCCCGAGAAGGGAGUUACGAGGCAGCAAAGGUCCUCCUUGACCACUACGCCAACCGUGAGAUCACAGACCAUAUGGACAGACUCCCUCGGGACAUAGCACAGGAGAGAUUGCAUCAUGAUAUUGUUCAGCUCCUGGAGGAACACAACACUGUUAGAGGUUCCCAAGGGACAAUGGGAGGACACACGAUGUCACCACUUCUCUGCCCUCCCAACGGCUACAUGGGCAACAUCAAGCAGACGCCUCAAGGCAAGAAGAGCCGCAGAGCGAGUGCCAAAGCGGGUGGAGCCAGUCUGAGUCGAGGAGAAUCUAAGGAAGCAAAGAGCAGAAAUAAGAAGCUGUCUCUUGACUGCCCUCCUGGCAGCGGAGGUCUGAUGGAGAGCUCGGUCACCCUGUCACCUGUAGACUCCCUUGAUUCGCCCCGUGCUUACAGUGCCAAUCCUGGCUCCCCAGCAAUGCAAGCCCCUGGCACUUUUCACCUUGGCUCCCUGUCUGUGCCCUCCACUCCUCUUGUUAAUGGGCUUAUGGAAGGGCCUUUUGCUGUGUCCUUGGCACGUUUAAAUGAGAUUGGAGAGUCCCAAGGAGGCACAAUGUUGGCUCUGCAAGGUAGAGUGCCAUUACAAUGCACACCAGGCUGUGUUGUGAAUGGUUUAAAUAUUGGUAUGUUGAACCCAGGCAACAUGUCCUUUGCAUGGCAGAACACUGUAAACCCUUCACAUGGCACACGCAAUGUAAUGGGAGGGGCUCCAGUAGGGUCUGUUCCCAACUUACAUCAGCUGCAUGCUCACCAAGUCUUGAUGUUGCAGAACCAGAUGGCGAUGCAGAGUCCUGUGAAGAUGUCUAUGGAACAACAGUGUCAGAUGGGCCCUAUAGCCCCUAACACAGCUCAUCUGAGACAGCAGAGCAUGCCGCAUGUGGCCGACAGAUCUGCUCAGCCUCUUACCCCCACUGAAGGAAACUACUUUAAGCAGCAGAGUGUAGUCAGAGAAGGCAGCAUUCAGACACCGCCAGCUGUGCCUGUACCCUCUCAGCAAACCUUCGCACCUUCUCAAGAAGAAACCCCUAAACAUUACCUGCACAUGCCCAGUGAGCACCCCUACCUGACUCCCUCUCCAGAGUCCCCGGAGCAAUGGUCCAGCCCAUCACCUCACUCUGUAUCGGAGUGGUCUGAUGCCACCCCUAGCCCUGUUAUAGUGGGGAGUGCACAUGGGCAGACAUCUCACUUACCUGAGCAAGCCAACAAUAUGCAGGUGUUUGCUUGACCUGCUUAAGGCCCAUCAUUGUUUUGUAGUUGUCCUCAUCCAUUCUGCAUUCUUGUCUUUUUGUUUCUUUUUUUUUUUUCUUUUUUUAUUGUGGCUUAUUUGCCGCUAUGAAUUUUUCUUACUUUUCUAUUUCGUCCUGAACUUGUACAGUGUUUAAAUCUCCACUUGUGCUACGACACAAAGAUCGUCUCAAGUGAUUUUUGUUUUUUAUUUUUUAUAACAUAAAGAAUGUUUUAUGACGGGACCAUGAAGAAAACUUUAUCUACAACGGAACACAUAUAUAUAUAUAUAUAUAAUUUUUUUAUUAUUAUUAUUUUGUAAAGACUUUUAUUUUCUUGGCAAUUUUUGAAGGAAAAAGACUGCACUUUUCUUUCUGCAGGUGAAAAUCGUGUUAUUUGCAAAGAAAAAAAAGGUUACAAUUUAAAACUGUUGGUUCCCUGCUCUUUAAGCUAUCAUCACUGCCCUGUGCUGCUCCGCUUUUGGGGUAAAUUAUAUGACUUUAGAUUGACCUUUUAUAUAUAAGGUAACGUUCUUUUCAACCCUGUUUCCCAAUUUUUAAAGAACUGCCUUGUGGACUGUGUGAAAGCACAAAAUGGUACGUAAUUCACCAAGAAGUGUAAUAUGUUUUGUAGAAAAAAAACAAAACAAAAAAAGACUUUGGUUCCGCACAGUUUUUAUAUUAGAAAGAAAUUGUCACUCAGAUACCUUUUUAACAUGAUUUUUACUUUCAUUUCACAAUGGGUAAAUGUUUUACUAGUUACGCAUUUUAAUGAACUAAAUUGUACAGUUUUUUGUAAAUUUUUUCUGUUUGACAAAUUCCUUCCAAAAACAGUCUAAAAGUUGCUAUUUUGUUCACCGAAAUAUGUAUUUUAUCUCAGUCCUAAUUUCUUUCUUGCUGUUUUCUCGGCAAUAUUUCUUGUUGGAGAAUCCAAUUAAGAGUUUGAAGAAGGGAGGAGGUUAAAUUCUUGACGCGUUUAAAUAAAAUUUGGCCGCCUUUCAGUAAUUAAAAAAAAAAAAAAAAAAGUAUGAAUUCCUUCAGAUUUCAUGAUGAAAGUUGAAGCUUUAACAUUUUUUUUUUUUUUUUUUUACUUAAAAUGCCCCUUGGAUCCUGGGGAAGACCUUUUGGUGUUACCAACUUUGUAAUACUUAAAUUGUAUAAUUUUAGGCUGUAGCCAUAUAUAUAUAUAUAUAUAUUUAAAUAUAUAUUUUUUGUGUACUGGGUAUACAUAGAAACAAUUAAGCUUCUUUCUUUGCAACUGAGAUGACACAGAUAAAAAGAAUACAUUUGUUGGACCAAGCAUUAAGAAUUUUCAUACACCACAAAAUAUACUUUAUUUAUACUGUGGUAUAAAUACAAACCUAUAUAGAUAUAUAUAUAUAAAUUUGCAUAUCUAGAUCAUCAAUUUUGUGUAUCAUUUUAACUCUGCCUUGCAAAUGUAAUAGAUGUUCUUAUGCCUUAAUUUCAGUCUAAUAACUGCCUGCAUCAUUAGACGCUGGGAGGGUUUUUCCUCUCCAAAAAGUUUUGAUAAGUUCAAUGCAUUACACUCAUAAAUAUAGGAUCUGUAAUAUUAAACGUGACCAUAAGGUGUCACUGUUUGAUACCUAGGCAUACCCUUUGUGUUAGUUGUGAGUGAUGGUGGGAUGGUCACAGGUAAAAAAAAAAAACCAUUAGCUAAAAAUAUAUUUUUUUUUUAAAUACAGUUUGACAACUGAGCAAUUCCUGGGCACUGCCAAUAAGAAAGAUAUAUAUAUAUAUAUAUAUAUAUAUAUAUAUAUAUAUAUAUAUAUAUAUAUAUAUAUAUAUA